GGUGACAGACCGGAAGGGGCGGGACGCCGCGCGGGGCAGGCCGGGAGAUCGGCGGCGGCGGGAGUGAUGCUGCGGCGGAAGCCGACGCGGCUGGAGCUGAAGCUGGACGACAUCGAGGAGUUCGAAGGCGUCCGGAAGGACCUGGAGAGCCGCAAGAAGCAGCGGGAGGAGGCGGAGGUGGCGGCCGGCGAGGAGGCGGCGGGCAUCGCGCUGGGCAGCGAGCACAAGAGCCGGGAGCAGAUCAUCAACGACCGCAUCGGCUACAAGCCCCAGCCCAAGGCCGGCGUCCGCGCCGCGCACUUCGGCACCUUCGAGUUCUGACGGGGCCGCGGCGCAGUGCCGCCCUCCCCUGUCCUCAUGAACACCCGUGAGAGCCCCGCGGCGGCUGUGCUGUUUUAAAUAAAUGCGUUCCUUUUUAGAAGCGAGCACAGGAAGUUUUCUCCUAGAUGCUGCUCUGCCUCCGCCUUGGAAGGCUGUGGAAGGAGCCGUCCGCGUCUCGUCCGAACUGUAUCGAGGAGCGCGGUGCAGCCGCUUCCCAGCUGUCACAGUGCUGAGAAGGGACAGCAGAGCAGCAGCGCCCCACAGCUGCUGGCCGAGCUGACAGCACAGUUCUGCUGUUGUGGGUGCACCAAAUUUCUGGUCAGGGUGGGGAAAUGAGGAACUUAAAACUCUUCAAACUGCUUCUUAAACUGGAAAGUCGUGAUCGGGAUUAAAGCAGAGCUUAACACUGCA